AUGCAGAGAGCUCUUUCAGCUUCUUCACGGGCUUCGGUCCUUUCUUCAGCUGCCUCCGCCCGUAGGCAGCUCACUCAGUUCAAGCCCUCAUUAACCUGUGGAUUGAACUUCCAGCAACAAAGAUAUGCCCACAAGGAGCUGAAGUUCGGCGUUGAAGGACGUGCAUCGCUCCUCAAGGGAGUUGAUACGCUCGCAAGAGCUGUUACCACCACGUUGGGCCCCAAGGGUAGAAAUGUUUUAAUUGAGUCUUCAUAUGGUUCUCCCAAGAUCACCAAAGAUGGCGUCACUGUCGCCAAGGCGAUCUCUUUGCAGGACAAGUUCGAGAACCUCGGUGCCCGUCUGCUCCAGGAUGUUGCUUCUAAGACAAAUGAAGUUGCUGGUGAUGGUACUACAACAGCAACUGUCCUUGCUCGUGCGAUCUUCUCCGAGACCGUGAAAAACGUUGCUGCUGGCUGCAACCCAAUGGACUUGAGGAGGGGUAUCCAGGCUGCCGUUGACUCUGUGGUUGAGUAUCUCCAAGCGAACAAGAGGGAAAUCACCACCAGUGAAGAAAUUGCGCAAGUGGCUACUAUUUCUGCAAACGGCGACACACACAUUGGAAAGCUAAUCUCCAACGCCAUGGAACGAGUCGGAAAGGAAGGCGUUAUAACCGUCAAGGAUGGAAAAACCAUUGAAGAUGAACUCGAGGUUACCGAGGGUAUGCGGUUUGACCGGGGCUACGUCUCACCUUACUUUAUCACCGACACCAAAACCCAAAAGGUUGAAUUCGAAAAACCUCUUAUCCUCCUUUCUGAGAAGAAGAUCUCUGCCGUUCAAGACAUCAUCCCCGCCCUCGAGGCCUCUACUAGCCUCCGUCGUCCGCUAGUCAUCAUUGCCGAGGAUAUUGAGGGCGAAGCUCUCGCUGUUUGUAUUCUCAACAAGCUCCGUGGUCAGCUACAGGUUGCUGCUGUCAAGGCUCCAGGUUUUGGCGACAACCGCAAGAGCAUCCUUGGUGACAUUGGUAUUUUGACCAAUGCCACUGUAUUCACUGACGAGUUGGAUAUGAAGCUCGACAAAGCCACUCCAGAUAUGCUUGGCUCCACUGGCUCUAUUACUAUCACGAAGGAAGACACUAUUAUUUUGAACGGUGAAGGCAGCAAGGACGCCAUUGCUCAGAGGUGUGAGCAAAUCAGAAGCAUCGUUGCCGAUCCUGCUACGUCCGACUACGAAAAGGAGAAGCUCCAGGAGCGGUUGGCCAAACUUUCUGGUGGUGUUGCCGUCAUUAAGGUUGGCGGUGCCUCCGAAGUCGAGGUUGGCGAAAAGAAGGAUCGCGUUGUGGAUGCAUUGAACGCCACCCGUGCUGCUGUUGAAGAGGGCAUCCUCCCUGGUGGUGGUACUGCUUUGCUCAAGGCUUCCGCCAACGGUUUGAAAGAUGUCAAGCCGGCCAAUUUUGACCAGCAACUUGGUGUCAGCAUCGUCAAGAGCGCUAUUCAAAGGCCUGCACGUACCAUCGUUGAGAACGCUGGCCUGGAAGGCAGUGUUAUUGUGGGAAAACUCACCGAUGAAUUUGCCGGAGAUUUCAACAGAGGUUUUGAUAGCUCCAAGGGCGAAUAUGUUGACAUGAUUGGCUCUGGAAUUGUUGACCCAUUGAAGGUCGUCCGCACUGCUCUCGUUGACGCUAGCGGUGUUGCAUCCCUCCUUGGCACUACCGAGGUCGCAAUUGUCGAGGCUCCAGAGGAGAAGGGCCCUGCUCCUGGUGGCAUGGGAGGUAUGGGUGGCAUGGGUGGCAUGGGCGGCAUGGGCGGUAUGUACUAA